AUGGAUCCAAUCAAUUCGAUUAACAAAGACGAUGCUUCAGUAUAAGCGAGAGCAAGGAGGAGAAGGAAUGAUCAAAGUAGUAGGGAUUAUACCUGUGGGUGUGGGAAGAGCUAUUUAAGUUAUCCCGCAUUAUACACGCAUUUGAAGUAUCGCAACUUAUAUACGGAGGCAAAAACAUCAAGGAAGCCCACCUCAAGGGACCACUCAACCUAAUAAUAUGAAUCCGAAAGCAAAUAGGGGCAGACCCAAGCGAAUGAAAAUGACUUGAAGGAAGGAAAAUCAGAUGAUGAAAGAUCAAUUAGCAACAAUGAGCCAGAUGAAACCAUUGAAUAAGUCCUUCUCUUUUUAGAUAGCAUUGGCAAUUUCAGAUCUGGCAUGAAGUAUGAAAAAGAAGAAGAAAAAUAAGGCUAUUUGUUGACUUGCUUCCCCAAGGAUUAUUUUAGCAACUCUCAGGAUUAUUAGCCCAUUUAUAACAAUAUUAAGGACAUCACAAAUGAAAGAGUAAAAAAUCCAGAUCAGGAUCCUCUUAUGAAAGAGGAAAUUGAUAAGGACAAAAACAUUAAGAAAACUUAAAUAAAUAAAAUCUUAGCCUAUUUUCUUGUGGCGAUUGGCCCAUUAUUGAAUGAAGAUGCUUACAAGGAAAUGGCUACAUUUAUUGUUCUAUUCUCAAUCGCACUUAAUGAAGCGGGUUAUCAGGCCCUCUAAAAUUAUGAAUAAGAAUAAUAUCAGCAAGGAGAUACUGAUAAAAAGCCUUAAUCACUAGUCAAACAAGACUAAAAUUUGAAUGCAUAUUGCGAAGAAUAAAAUGGUGAACACAUUUUAUUAAUAACAAAUGAAUUUAUUUUGUCAUUUUUACCAUUGAACUUCCCUAAAUUAGGGAACAUAGAAAAAUCAUUUAGAAUAUUUGGUAGUCCAGAUGAAAAGUUAAAAAAUGCUGUUUAUGUUACUUAACAUUUAUCUUACUGGUUGUAUGCUAUGAAAUUUACUAACUCAAGAUUAGCUUUAUACACAGAUGAUGAUUAAUGA